GGUUCGCACUGGCGCAUGUGCAAUACAUACCGAGUAAUUCGGGGUUGAAAAGGAAGAACCCUAGUUAAGCAGAGAAACAACCAAAAUAAUACUAGGCAGGCUAACAGCUGUCUUGACAAGAACAGCGUCUAUCUAGUUACUUUGCUCGCAAGCAUCGUGACACAGCGCAGAGUCUGGAACAUGGCUGAUAAAGAGGUGUAUGACGAUGCAGUGGAAGAAAGGGUCAUCAAUGAAGAGUACAAGAUUUGGAAGAAAAAUACACCUUUCCUGUAUGACCUGGUGAUGACUCAUGCACUAGAGUGGCCCAGCCUUACUGUCCAGUGGCUUCCAGAUGUCAGCAGACCAGAAGGGAAGGACUACACAGUCCACAGGCUGGUUCUGGGGACCCAUACGUCAGAUGAGCAGAACCACCUUGUGAUUGCCAGUGUCCAGAUACCAAAUGAUGAUGCCCAGUUUGAUGCAUCGCACUACGACAGUGAGAAAGGAGAGUUUGGUGGAUUUGGUUCAGUAAGUGGGAAAAUAGAGAUUGAGAUCAAGAUCAACCAUGAGGGAGAGGUGAACCGAGCCCGCUACAUGCCCCAGAAUCCCUGCAUCAUUGCCACCAAGACUCCCACCUCUGAUGUGCUGGUCUUUGACUACACUAAGCACCCGUCAAAGCCAGAUCCCAGUGGAGAGUGUAAUCCUGACUUGAGGCUGAAAGGGCAUCAGAAAGAAGGUUAUGGCCUUUCCUGGAAUCCCAACCUCAGUGGCAACCUUCUCAGUGCCUCUGAUGACCAUACCAUCUGUCUGUGGGACAUUGGAGCUGGCCCAAAGGAAGGGAAGAUUGUGGAUGCCAAGACCAUCUUCACUGGCCACACAGCAGUGGUGGAAGAUGUUUCCUGGCACUUGCUCCAUGAAUCCCUCUUUGGCUCUGUGGCUGAUGACCAGAAGCUCAUGAUAUGGGACACUCGAUCCAACAACACAUCUAAAGCCAGCCACUCAGUUGAUGCUCAUACUGCUGAGGUCAACUGUCUGAGCUUCAAUCCAUACAGCGAGUUCAUUCUUGCCACUGGUUCUGCAGAUAAGACUGUUGCAUUGUGGGAUUUAAGGAAUCUGAAACUGAAACUACACUCUUUUGAGUCCCACAAAGAUGAAAUUUUCCAGGUACAAUGGUCUCCUCACAAUGAGACCAUCCUGGCUUCCAGCGGCACUGACCGGCGUCUUAAUGUCUGGGACCUCAGUAAAAUUGGAGAGGAGCAAUCUGCAGAAGAUGCAGAGGACGGCCCACCAGAGCUGCUCUUCAUCCAUGGUGGCCAUACAGCCAAGAUCUCCGACUUCUCCUGGAACCCCAAUGAACCCUGGAUCAUCUGCUCAGUGUCAGAGGACAACAUCAUGCAAGUCUGGCAGAUGGCAGAGAACAUCUACAACGAUGAGGAGCCAGACAGCACCCCGGCAUCAGAGCUGGAGGCUCAGGGAUCAUAAUCCAGCUCUGCAUGAGUCUUUCUCUCCAGGCACAAACCCUCCUCCUUUCCCAGCCUGGCCUGUCAUUUCUUCUAGCUAAUCUCAAGGGCA